AUGACAGGACAGAAUCUCUCUAUAACAGAAAACCGCGAGGAGGAAUCCUUGGGCAUAAGUAUAAGAAGGAGAGUAGGAGGGGGAGGAGGAGGAGAAGAGCCCGUCCGAGUGUACGAGCAGGCUAAAGGAAGACCACGAGACGACGCGCCGGUCGUGGAGCACCGUCAAGGACGCGUGUCCUUGCACGCGGAGAUGCCGUCGUCGAAGGCCAAGCGCGAGCAGGCGCUGCGUAACAUCCUGGCGGCCAGGAGGCGGCAGAUUCUGAGUCAGCGUUUGCAUGAACCGACUCGGCUCCUCUCGAGCCGCACGCCGCGGCCGAGCGACGCCACCUCGAAGGAUCCUCCGGACAUCCUCGAGACCCAAGAGACCCGCCACGGCAUCUACGUAACCAGUGCGCGAACAGAAGCGACGCCUGAGGAGGGGACUCCUCAGUCGUCGAAGAAAGUCGCGGUCGAUCCCGACCCGACGAGGUCGGAAGUAGAAUCACCGACCCCAAAGACGCCGCAGAACGACACGUCGUCCUCGCCGACGACCACCGAAAGCCAUGAGGGCGUCUCCUCGACGUCCAUCCACCAGAAACCGAACGACACGGACGCACGCAAGAAGAACACCGUGUCGAUGCCGAAGUCGUUGUACAACCACUUCCGGCCGGUGGAGAGCAACAUCCCGGUCGAGGAUAUGUCUCAGUUCCUGUACUUCGGCCAAAAGCUGCAGCCGGACGCGCAAAACGUCACCAACGGCGCCGGCAACACCUCCAGUCUCGUGGAGACGACGUCGACGGCCUCCCGCAGGAGGUACUCCGCGAAAAAGCCGGAGGAGCUCGUCAAUGAGGAGAUGAACGUCGCGCUGGAGCGCCGCACGGUCGAGAAGAACCAAGUGUCCAGGAUCAAGAAUACCUACAGGAGUCCAGGCGGCGGGCUGUACCUCCGGAAAGCGAGGCCCGCGGACGUUGUAUCCAACAUGAUCCCAGGCAACGAGUCGAGCCCCACGCUUGGCGGCUCGGACACCAGGAGCGAGGUCAACACGGUGGACGACAAGCCCCGCGCCGAGCCGUCCGCUCACGCGGAGCCGAGAGGAAACGAUACCCACGUGGUCCAGCCGGCCACGGCGACCCAGAUUCCGCGGCAGCGUCAACAGCAGCUCGCCAGCGCGGGCGAUGACGACACUGUCGACGCGAAAAGCGAGGUGGACGCGAUGUUUCCGAACGGGACGGCCGUUGCUUCGCGUCAAGUCGCUGAGAGCCACCUCAAGAGUGAUCUCGGAAAGGACGGAGUCGAGGUGAAGACUGACCAAGAGAAAGAGGCAGCGGGAGGAGAGGAAGCGAAGAGCACGGGAACGAGGAGCACGGAGAAGCCGGAUCAGAGGUUGGUGACUGCCGUCGAAGUAAUUCCGACGUCGUUGCGAGCCAAGUCUCGCGACAGCAACAGCAUCGAGACCUCGUCGACGGCGAACCACGAGGACGCGAGGACGACGCCGGCGCAGCGAGUCGAGUCGUCGACGCUGCGGAUCGUCGUGCCGGAAGGCGGGAGCUUCGGGCGCAGUUUCGCGAUCGAGAGCGAGCGGGCUCGUCAAGGUACCGUUAAGCAACAACCGGUCGAUCCCGCGGCGUACCGACCGGUUCGCGUGCCAGCCGCCGGGGAUACUGCUCCGAAAUCGCCGUCGACUCCGUCGCCGACGGAGUCGGCCGCGACGACAGGUGCGGCCGAGCCGAGCCAUCAGCUGCAGCGACAGCAGCAGCCGCAUCAGCAGCAACACGUGUACGCGUACACGAUAACCAAUGUGACGCGAUUGUUGCGCAACUACAGCGUACCUGGAUCAAGCGGCGAGGAACGAGCAGGAGGAGGAGGAGAAGGAGGAGGAGGGGAAACAAGAGGAGGUGCAGGUCGUCGUGGUAGCGGUGCCGAGAUAACGAGCGGUGGAUCGUCGCAGCGGCGUCAGCAGCAACAGCAGCAACAGUCGCAGCUGCAGCCGCCGUCGCCGCCGCCGCCGCCGCCGUCGUCUUCUCCUCUUCUGCUUCCUCGUGCUGGCGACGGUAUAGAGCCGGCGCUCGCGCCGACAGGACUCAGUGCCGGCGCGACCGUCGAGCCAGCCGCAGCCGCUGGAGCGCCGUCCAGUGUCGUGGUCGUCGGUCUGGUGGGGGAACGACCGAGGGAAGUAGUCCCGCAAGUGCAACAGCAACGCGCGAGCAGUCCACGGGCGACCUGGGCCGCGCAUCCAGGCGCGAACGACAGUGCCGUGUCGCCGACGAGGCCGGCCGUGAAAUCGGCGGAGACCACAAGUAGAGGGUCCGUGAGGUGGAAUCACGCGAAAUCGAGGACCAGUGAUCAGGAAGGUGUUAAUGACCGCAGGUUCUUGAGAAAGAGCGCCAGCGCAGUGCUAAAUCAACGGUCGACCAUCAACGAGGAGGCCUCGUUCCCGCUGACGAGCAAGCGCCGCCGCGUCUUGGCGCCUCAGAGUGCACUCUCUGCCACGGCUGGUAGCAGGAGAGUGAAGUCCAACGAUCGGGAGAGGACUGAGAACGCCAAGGGUAGAGUGUUAGUGGUGAACGGGCGGUCAAACGGGACGGUUGCGGGUCGCGGCGAAGGUCCAGGCGAUGAAGUGCCGGGUACUCCUCCUCGGGAAGUCGCCAGCGGGCUGAACGAGGUACCGCGCGACAGCAGCGCGCAGGAGACAUCACCAGCCGCGAUCACCAGCACCUUCGCAACCAUGGUGAAUUCCAGUAGCAGCGCCAACGCGACCGACCACGCGGCGGACGCGACCGAGCCGUCGUUACUCGUGGACGCGACCACGACGACGGAAGCGAGCCAGCCUGACGUCUUCACGCAGGAAGACGUCGUAAGAUUCGAUGAGAGCGACGUGAACGCAACGACCGUGGUGGCGGUGACUGAGCAGCUCAGUAACGCGACCGCGACGACGAGCACGCCGUCGCCGACGACGACCACGGGGACGACCAGCGCGCCGACGGCGCCGGUUUUCCCGGUCACACCCAAGAUACUGGUGGAAGCCGACAAGACCACCAGCGAAGGGAGCUCCAGCCUGAGGCCGUCGAAGCCGCCGGAAGCGAGCAAUCGGCCGUUCGGCAUCGCAGCCGACUUGGACCCGUCAGAGAUCCAGAAGAGGUACCGGGCCAAGGAGACGACCAGCACAUCGACGACGACGACGCCGGCGGCGAUGACGGUCUCGCCGAUUCAGAACGACGCUCGCUCGCUGGGCGACGCGAGUGCUGCUCCAAAUGGCAGGCCGGAAGUGUCCAGCGCGCCGACAGUCGCGCCGAAAGAGAGCAGCGGCAGGCGCGCAUCCGGCGAGAGAUCGCCGGAAGUGCGGGCGCGCAACCUGUCGGACAAGUCGAAGGACGAGGAUGUGCUGCCGAUCAUGCAUCUGUACAACACGUCGGACAUCUUCAACGGCAGCGGGCCGAUGGAGGGGUUCGCCCGUGGCACGGAACGGCCGCGGCUGGUGCUUCCGGUGAGCACCUCGUCGGAGGAUGAGGAGGCAGCUGCCACAACGACGGCGCCGACCCCGACGAGGAAGAGCGCGUCAGCCACGAGCGCUGGCGCGACGACGGAGUCCGGCGGCAGCACGUCGACCACCGUCCCGGUACCCAAGGCGCGGGAACCGAUCACGCCGGGCUCCAGGAACAAGGACAAGCAUGAGGAGAGCCGUGAGGCCCAGGAUACCACCACGACGCCCAGAGGCGCGGCCUCCUUCGCGCCCGUGAGCGGCAACAGGACGAGGUACAGGCCGUCGUAUCAUCAUUCGAUCCUGCCGGAGUACAACGACACCAUGUACCCCACCGUGCUCAACAGGACGUUCCUCGAGAUCGGCCCGAUCUCGGUGAGCCCGCGCGAGUCGAUGAACAUCAGUGAGGUGAUAUCGAAGCGGCACGACGGCGACGCGAUCGCCACCCAGGAGACGGUCGCCGUGGUCAGCUACAUCUUGGCCACUCUCGUCGUCUUCCCCAUCGCCGUCGGCGUCGGGCUCAUACUCAGAAGACUGAUACUUAGGAAUCGUAAGGUGCUCGAGGAGUCGGACACGUCAUCGGAGAUAAGCUGCAGGAAGGACGCUCUUAAUCUCGAGAACGGCGACUUCAAGACGUCCAUCGAGAAGGCGAUCACGAAGCUACCGAGGAUACAGCACUUGUGUCACGAAGCUGAGAAACCGCCGCCUCCGCCGACCCAGGAAUCCAGAUGGGAGUUUCCUAGAGAUAAGCUUAGGUUACAGACAGUCCUUGGGCAAGGAAACUUCGGCCAGGUGUGGAAAGCCGAAGCCGACGAUCUGACCGGUCAUCAAGGCACCACUCGAUUGGUGGCGGUGAAAACCGUCAAGGAGGGUGCCUCCGAUCGAGAGAAAGAGGAUUUGGUCCGGGAACUCGAGAUCAUGCAGCAACUGGGGAGUCAUCCGAACGUCGUGACGCUUUUGGGCUGUUGCACCGAAGAAGAGCCUCAUUAUCUCAUACUGGAGUACGUCAUGUACGGCAAGCUGUUGGCGUACCUGCGCGACCACCGCACCAGGCAGUACUUCUACAACUUCAGCGAGGACUCCGCGGCCUUGACGUCCAGGGACCUCACCGUUUUCGGCUACUGCGUGGCCAGAGGCAUGGAAUACCUCGCGUCGAAGAAGAUCAUCCACCGCGACCUCGCCGCCAGGAACGUCCUCGUGGACCACAAUAAGCUGUGCAAAAUUGCUGACUUUGGCAUGUCGAGGUUCGCCAACGAGGACGGCGAGGUGAUCGAGACCAGACACGGCAGGAACGCUUUGCCCAUCCGGUGGAUGGCCCCUGAGUCCUUGAUCUAUUCUCUCUUCACGACCAAGACCGACGUAUGGAGCUUCGGGAUCCUCAUGUGGGAGAUCGUCACCUUAGGUUCAACACCGUACCCGGAUAUGACGGCGCGGGAAGUCAUGCGGAACGUGCACAACGGUUAUCGACUGGAAAGGCCUUCGCACUGCCGAAGCGAGCUCUUCAGGGUGAUAUCGCGCUGUUGGCACGCCGAUCCCGACCGCAGGCCGGAAUUCCAGACUUUACGCAGGGAUCUCGCUCAGCUACUGGAGGACAACAUGAAUGGACACUACGUGGACCUCGAGAGCUUCGCUUCCGAGUGCACCGAUUGAGGCAAUUCUCAGGGCUCGUCGUUGGAUCCUCGAUCGUAUCCCCGACCGCCAUGGGAAAUCGAUUCUGCGCGAUUUGAUUGCGCGGCUCUCCCUCGAGAAAGAGAGAGAGAAAGCGAGACGUUUCCUCGAUCCCCGAGCGCGACUUUUCUCCUGCUCCACGAGGAGAACCACGAUGCCGAGAUCACCUUUUCUCGAGAGAUUCGGGGAUUCCUCUCGGUACUUUUGAGCUCAAAAAUUUUUUGCAGAAUGUAUCGGUGACUGAACGUGCGUAAAGAGAUGCCGUGCGCUUGAGGACGGAAGUGGAGACGUUUAGUCACAAGUUUUAAGACGAAGAAGGAAUGUCGAAUCGCCGCGAUUUCUCGCCGAACCGCUCGCAUUUGCACGGGUAAUUGUAAAGCGCCGCGACGUUAAUUCAUCAAUUACCGAGGACACGGUAGUGCUCACGAACCGAUCGUAAGAGUUAGUCCUUAUCUUCGAGUCGACUUAUAGUCGAUGAGCUUUCACGAUUCAUUGCGGGUACGUUGAUUGCGCGUGCUUCCUCUCGACGCAGAACAAAAAAUGCAGUUUGUAACGCGCGAUGCUGUGAUAAACGAUGAAAAUAAAGAAAAAUAAAUUAUACAUAUGUAUAUGUAUAUAUAUGUAUGUAUAUAUACGUGUAUAUAUAAUAUAUAAUAUUAUACAUAAUAUAUAAUAUUAUAUAUUAUGUAUAUUAUAUAUUAUAUAUAACGCUGUUAUAUAUAACAUAUGUAUAUAUAACGACGAUGCACGCUGAGGAAGCGUAACAGGAGUUUAUAGAAAUUGCAAGGUCUUUAAAAAAGAAAUGGUAUUUAUGAGAAA